UUGAAAUGCGUUUGACAAAAUCCACGAUUAUAUUUUGUUCUGGUUUUUCCCUCGCUUCACAACACAGAGGAACAAUGUUGACUACCACAAAUCCAAUGCGUUAACAGCUGGUCAAAAUGCUAGAGAACCAUCGCCAUCUCCUCAUAAAAUUUCGUGACGAAAUAGCUACAGAUUUACUUGUAGACGAUGUUAUUAUCUACUUGGAAAGCCAACACAUCCUGGACACAGAUGAUAAAGAAAUUAUCCGUAGUCAACGGACCUCAAAACGAAGAGCAGAAAAGCUAUUAGACAUUCUUCCUACAAAGGGUUUUGAAGCUUUUGGAGUGUUUUAUAAGAUACUUGGAGAGAAAUACCCUCACUUAGCUGAGCUUAUGAAAAGUGGAGUUGGGGAGGAACAGUAUGGGAAUGUUCUUGAUUUUGUGGACUCACCAUCACAGCUUGAGCGCAUGACCCAGUCACACCAUGACACUCUCACAAUCAACCGAGUGGAAAUUGUUGAAGACCUCCUUGUUGAUGAUGUCCUCAAUUUCUUGCAAAGCAAACUUGUAUUUGACAUGGAUGACAAUGAGAUUAUCAAGUCUGAAUCUACCACACGUAGACGAGCAGAGAAGCUACUGGAUUUACUGGAAACAAAGGGAGAUGCUGCAUUUUAUUUUUUUAAGGAAGCUUUAGAAGAGCCGUAUCCUCACUUGGCUGAACUACUGGAAGAAGAUGGGGGGUCGCCAAGGAAGGGCUCAGUUCUGACAGACAUCCAUGAGCAAGUUGAAAGAGUUUUACUGGAAGGAGGAGUUCCUCAAAGACCUGACGUAUUUACAAACAGAGCAAGGGAUGUACAUCGUGUCCGUACAGCAUUACGAUCCUUAAAGGAUCAUGACGGCUGGGUUAUACUACACGGUAUGGCUGGGUGCGGCAAGACAGUAUUAGCAGCCGACUCUAUUCGCUCCUCCAAAAUCCUGGAAGAGUGUUUUCCAGGGGGGGUCUUUUGGAUACGAAUUGGCCCAGUUGACCAACCAAAACUAUUAAUGAAGAUGCAAAACUUAUGUACUCAACUUGAUUCAGAUCAUACCCGUGCACCCCCAAGAAAUCUUGAAGAAGCUAAAGACCGACUAAGAAUAAUUUUUGCCCAUCAACAUCCAAGAACAUUGCUAGUUUUAGACGAUUUAUGGAAUGCUAGUGAUGUCCGAUACUUUGAUAUUAGGGUGCGAAUUGUUGUAACUACAAGAGAUGCAUCCAUUACAAAUGGUGUGAGUGGAAAUAAAAAAAAGGUUCAUAUAAGUGAGGGUUUUACAGAUAAAGAAUCGCUGGAUAUUUUAGCUCUAUGGACUCGAAUUAUACCACAAGAUUUGCCAAGUGAAGCAAAGACCAUUGUUACCUUGACCAAAGGUUCACCUUUAGCAAUCACGAUGAUAGGGGCUUUGUUACGUGAGCACCCAAACAGGUGGACUUACUACAUGAAACAGUUAGAAAAGAAAAAAGUUGGUAAAUUUAAAACAACGUUUGCCUAUCAAUAUCCUACUCUCAGUGAAGCUAUAUCAAUGAGUUUGAGCAAUUUAAAUGAUGACUUGCGGAUGUUGUAUGUGGACUUUGCAUUGUUUGAGGAUGGAGCUAAAGUGCCUGCUCAAGUUCUAUGUAUUCUAUGGGAUGAAGAGUUUGAGGAGGUUGAAGAUAAGAUGGAUGAACUAGUCAAUAAGUCCUUGGCCAAGAAGACUGUCCAGUCAGAUGGUGAUAGUGGUACAAUAACUUGGUACAGUGUACACAAUCUUCAGUUGACUUUCCUGAGAGAAGAAGUCAAGAAACCAGUAGAGUUACACAAGAAGUUGGUAGAACGAUACAUUGAAGUAUAUGAUGGUAAGUUUGAAGAAGUAGAAGAUGAUGGCUACAUUCACUGGAACCUCAUUCAACACAUGCAAAAGGCUGGGAUGGUAAAUGAAGCAUAUGAUCUUCUAGUUGAUCUCUCUUGGGUAUCAGCAAAGCUUAGAAUAACAGGACCUGCUGACUUACUUAGUGAUUAUAUUGGUGUAUCGAAAUCUGUCAAGGGAGAGGUAGGGCAACUUUGUAUAAUUCACAUUUAUAUUGGUGUAUCUAAAUCUGUCAAGGGAGAGGUAGGGCAACUUUGUAUAAUUCACAUUUAAAGAAUUAAUUUAGUCAGAGUGAGGUAAAAAAAUGAUUGUUGGAUGAA